AUGGGUCACCCAGCGGGUCUUCGCGCGGGAACGCGCUAUGCGUUCAGCAGAAACUUCCGUGAGAAGGGUAUGAUCAAGCUCUCCACGUACCUCCGCGAGUACCGGGUUGGCGACAUUGUCGACAUCAAGGCCAAUGGUGCCGUUCAGAAGGGUAUGCCUCACAAGGUCUACCACGGCAAGACCGGUGUCAUCUACAACGUCACCAAGUCCGCUGUCGGCAUCAUCAUCUACAAGAAGGUGAAGCACCGCUACAUCGAGAAGCGCAUCAACAUCCGCGUCGAGCACAUCUCGCCCUCCCGUUCGAGAGAUGACUUCCUGCGCCGCGUCAAGGAGAACGCUGCGCUGAAGAAGCAGGCCCAGGCCGAGGGCAAGGCCCUCCAGCUCAAGCGUCUCCCCCUCAUGCCCCGUGAGGCCCGCACCGUCGACUUCAAGGAGAACAAGCCCGAGACUGUCACCCCUCUCCCUUACGAGACGACGAUUUAG